AAUUGGUUUCUUGAUGGGGUAAGGUUCUAUAGAUGCUGUGCAACUUAUCUGUCAGGGCUCACCAGUGAAAAUCAGUCAGCUAACUAACUGGCCCAUCCCAGUCAGCCGCCCACCCACUUUUUGUGGGGACCUACGCAAUGAUAGCAAAUGGGAACUGGGCAAUGCUUUACUCUGGCUCCCAACUUGAUCAUUGUGGAGAGACUUUGAAGAAACAGUGAGUGAGCCACUCAUCACAGAAUACACAGCUCUUGCAGCGAUAUUGAUAUGGUUGUUCCAGUUCAGCAUCUAGUUAAUGGUGAUAUCCAAGAUGUUGAUGGAUGGCCCUUAACAAAUCUAUGCAUCCAAGGAACCGAUAUAAAGACAAGCCACCAGAUUUUACAUAUUUAGCAUCAAGAUACACAGAAUUCCAGCAACAUGUACAUACAAGCUUGACUGGGAAAGUGAGUUUAAAUUUUAAAGAUCCUGAGGCAGUCAGAGCCCUUACAUGUACACUAUUAAAAGAGGACUUUGGACUGACGAUUGACAUCCCAUUGGAGAGAUUGAUUCCUACUGUCCCUUUGCGGCUGAACUACAUACACUGGGUUGAAGACCUGAUCGGCAGUGACACUGUUAAAAGUAAACUCAUCCGAGGAAUUGACAUUGGAACUGGGGCCUCCUGCAUUUACCCUUUGCUUGGAGCCACUAUGAAUGGUUGGUUCUUUCUUGCAACUGAAGUGGAUGAUAUGUGCUUUAACUAUGCAAAGAAAAAUGUGGAGCAGAACAAUCUUUCAGACCUCAUUAAAGUGGUGAAGGUACCUCAGAAGACACUGUUGAUGGAUGCUCUGAAAGAGGAAUCGGAGAUUGUUUAUGAUUUCUGUAUGUGUAACCCACCUUUCUUCGCAAAUCAGUUGGAAGCCAAGGGUGUAAACUCCAGGAAUCCGAGUCGUCCACCUCCCAGUUCUGUAAACACUGGUGGAAUUACUGAAAUUAUGGCUGAGGGUGGAGAGUUGGAAUUUGUAAAAAGAAUUAUCCAUGAUAGCCUGCAGCUGAAAAAGAGACUGAGAUGGUACAGCUGCAUGUUGGGAAAGAAAUGCAGCUUGGCUCCUUUGAAAGAAGAACUUCGACAACAAGAGGUCCCUAAAGUCACCCACACUGAAUUCUGUCAAGGACGAACCAUGAGGUGGGCUUUGGCAUGGAGUUUUUAUGACGAUGUAAUUAUGCCUUCUCCUCCUUCCAAGAAAAGAAAGCUAGAGAAACCCCGGAAACCCAUCACCUUCAUAGUUUUGGAAUCUACAAUCAAGGAACUAAAGAACAAAGUUGUAAGUUCAGACCCUGUGCCGACAGAAGACAUUGAGGUAGUAACCACAGGAAUAGAGAAAAUUCUUGCUGAACUGAAGGUACUUUACAAACGUGUGCCUUGUGGGAAAGGUGAAGUCAGUUUAUUUUUAACAGCCAUACAGAACUCAUGGGUCCAUGUUCGGCGAAAGAAACGGGAUAGAGUGAGGCAACUUCGAGAGCUCCCCAGAGCCACGCCAAAUGUGCUGAAAUCCACAGAAGCAGACCAGACAACUGAAAAGCAAUGCAGUACUAAUAUUGGUUCUGUCGGGGAUGAGGAAGAAUCCGAUCUUGGCAACUCUGCAGAAAGCAAUGCUGAAAUAGGAAAAACAAUGGUCGUUGCUGAAGAGGAGCUCCCAGUCAAUGGGGGUAAUAAUUUGUUGAAUAAGCUACAUGUAGAUCAAGAAAAUAAUGUGGAAACUGAAGAAAAAUGUAGCCAGUGUGAAACUAGUUUUGCUGACUGUAAAACUGAUGAUGCAGUUGAGCAGGAAAUAUCCUGUUCAACCAUGGCAAACCCAGAGGGGGAAGAUACUCCAAAAGAGAGUGGAGGUUGUUUCUUGUUCAAGUGUCUAAUGAAUGUGAAGAAGGAUGGAAAGAAUGGCCGUGUUGAAAUGCACUGGGUUGAGGGACAGAAUAGGGACUUAAUGAACCAGCUCUCCACCUAUCUGCGAAACCAGAUUUUCAGACUGGUGGUUAGUUAAAGAAAUACUUUUUUAUUGUCAGCAUGCAAACUGUAUUUUUGCCAGUUUUACAUAGAUAAAUUCCCAGGUUUCAAAAUUGUUUUGAAGCUUCUUUACUGGUUUGCACUUGAUUUUCCAGAAUUUUGAGAAUUGUGUUCUGUGCACCUUUUCGAGCUGCACAUCUCAUCCAGUAUACUAUCAAAAACAUGAAAAAGACAUGUUCAUCUCCUUUGAUCACAUAAAUGAGCAAAUAAACUCCCAUAGUUUAGUGCUAAUCCACCAGAAGGCUAAGUUGCAUAAAUUUGUUCAAUUAUCUGAUUACCAGUCAAGGAGUUACAGUUGGUCCUAGUGCCUCUUUAAUGAGAGGGGUUUGCAGUCAAAAAAAAACCAGAUAUCCCAGUGACACCGAAAGGAAUAACUGCUGCUUACAUUAUAGUGUCAUAAGAUCACAAGAUGAUUGUACAUGUAGGAGGCCAUUUGGCUCAUUUUGGUUCACCCAUCCAGAAUUACCUUAAAGAAGUCCUCGUUACAGUAUCCAAUUCGUUCUUAAAUGAUUCCUAUUUCUGUUUUUUCUCUGUCUCUAUACCAUAUUGCAGUCCAUUCCAUACAUUUAAGAUUGUUCAUGUUCAUUUUCUGUUGGUCUGAAAUUUGUUUUUUUAAUGUUUUGGACCUGAGUUUCCAGAUUUAUUUUUCGUGAAGCUUGCUAUCUCUUGUAUACCCCUAUAAAUUCACGUCUCAGCUGUAUUCCCAUGUCAUUGUACAGAAUGACAUCUUGAGGCAUUUUACAAAGGGAAGAAGAUGGGUGUAUGCCAAGCAGGAAAGAGAGAGUGAAAGGAAAACAGGAAAAGAAGUUGGAUUGGAUUUGAAAAGACAUUUUUUGCAAAGUUUUGUUUUUGUGCGAGAGUAUGGUGAGGCCAGCAUUGGAUUUAGCUGUUGUCUCGUCCUUGGUCAGAAGCACUCGUUAUGUCGGCUCACACAUGAAGAAUGGUCAUUUGGAUGAGGUACUAAUGAGUUUCUGGCUUCCAGUUCUAUUUAAAAGCAAACAAGUUUAUAAAUGGGAAAAGUUUUGCAGUGUUUUUUGUAACUCUUGAUUCCUCUUCUCCCCGCCCCCCCACCGUCUCACUUUUCAGAGGGUUGAAUAUUUUUUUAAAAAUGCCUCCUGGGAAUUUAUUUGCAAACUGAAAAUACAAUAAUUUUUAUCAGUACAUCAGUUGUAAAAAUGUUAUCUGCAUACUGUGAAAUGUGACUCCCAAGUACAAUCUUUUGGCUUUAAAAUUGAACCUUUGCUCUGUCUUCAUGAAUUUGUAUUUGGCAAACUUUUUCGAAGACUUAUAUUUUAUAUAGCACCUUUCAUGACCUCAGAACAUUCCAAGGCAAUGAAACACUUUGAGGUGUAGUCACCGUUGUAAUGUAGGAAAUACAGUAGCCAAUUUGUGCACAAGAUCCCAUAAACAGCAAUGUGGGAAUGGCCAGAUAAAUUUUUUUAAUGAUGUUGGUUGAGAGAUAAAUAUUGGCCAGGAAAGCUCCCCUGGUCCUCUUCAGAAUAGCGCAUGGAAUCUUUUACAUCCGUCUGAGAAUGUAUAUGAGACCUCGGUUUAAAGUCUCAUCCGAAAGAUGGCACCUUUGACAAUACAGUACUGCAUGAGUACUGCACUGGAGUGUCAGCCUAGACUUGCAUGUACAAGUCCCUGGAAUGGGGCUUGUAAGCACAACCUUCUGACUCAGAGGUAAGAGUGCUCCCACAACUGACAUUUUAUCUUUUUUACUGAAUGGGGGCAUAGAGCCAGAAAACCUGUAAGCCAUUGACUUCACAGUGAUGUCAGGUACUGAUAAUUUUCUGUGCAUUCUUUUGCUUUGACCUGUUAUGCCAUUAUUUUGUCAAAUGGAAAAUAAUAGUUAAUGAUAAUUAUUUUAUGAGGACAGUGUUCAUUUAAAACCAGGUGUAGAAACAAAAGCCACAAAGUUUCUGCAAUACUAACCAGUUUGACCAUGAUAAAUCCAUAUUGUAAUCCUGGAACCAUCUUAAAUGUACGUACAAUCAUGGUGCUAAGGAUGCACUUGGUUCUGCUUGUGUUGUUCAUUUUGAUGUACUCUUUGUUCAUCCUAUAUUGCUUUCUGAUAGUUUUGUCCACUGUUAUGUGUGUGUGUGUUUAAGAAUAGCUAGGACAGUGUAUUUGUACUGGUGGAGCAUUCAAGCUUUCACACCCAGUGGUCUCCAGUGGACAGAUUUUCCUGCUUCUCAUCCAAGUCACCAAAUGUAGAGAAGUCAAGUUCUCCAUCUUGAGGGAGAAAGAGAUAGGAACUGACAUGAGCAGCUAGCCAGCUGUGUAAAGGUCAUUGUCUGUUGGUUGGCCACAGAGCAAAAUUUAAUGGCUUUGGGAGCAAAGUUCAUGGCUUGCAUUGCCCAGCACUCCUGGCUGAUUGGAGCAAAACAGUGCAAAGUGGGAAGGAGAUUGAGAUGUGCCUGUAACUUGAGGGAAUAAAAAUAUGCAACAUCUUUGCAAAUUUUAGAAAACAAAAUCUGUAACUUCUUUCCACUGCUUUAUGCCCUGCGACUUGAAGCAGCUGGAGAGGUUCACCUGUGGCUGACUGAUUUGAAAAGAUAUAUUUUGUGUGUUUAUAUCUAGUUACGCAGUUCAAAGUUUUUAUAUUGGGUGUCUCGGUAUGCAUAUGAAAUAGCUGGCAUAUAUAGUUGAGAUGGGUUUGCAAAUCUAAUCUCCCAUUCAGAAAAUUUUCAAAAUGGCAAACAUUAAUCUGUGGACAAAGAAAACUUAAAUUAACUGAGAUAGAGAAUGGUAGCUUAAAAAUCCCUGGGAAGGAUCAUUUGGGAUCAUUGGCAAAUUUUGGAAUGUGGGAUAAUUGUGAGAGCAUUGGAAUUCUUUCAAGAUUCAGUGAAUCACAGAAAAGGAGUGCCAAAAUCUUUUGAUGGCUAUUGUAGUAUUGCUCAAUGAUUCAUGUUCUGAAUUCAGUUACUUAAUUUGAUGCUUUUGAAAUGGUUAUAUUUGCAGUAAAAUAACAUUGAUUUU